AUGAAGGCUCAAAGGUAUGCUGUAAUAGGAGUAUUCUUAAUUUUCGUAACCUUGGGAUUGAGCCUCGGAGUGGGCUUAGGAGUUGGAUUGCGCUCUAAAAAAAAAGUUACGAGUUCAGCCACUGAUCACCAAAGCCCCAAAAAAAUAUGGUUACCAGCGAUAGGUAGCACAUGGGACUACCACUUGCAGAAUACUGUCAAGCAGAUAAACAAAAAAACUGACAUAUAUGAUAUUGAUCUAUUUGACAACUCUGCUAAGGAAAUUGAGUCUCUUCAUGAUAAUAACAAGAAAGUUAUAUGCUAUUUUUCCGCCGGAUCAUAUGAAGACUGGCGUAGUGACAGUAAACUCUUCAAAAAAUCAGACUUGGGAAAGCCUUUAGAUGGAUGGAAGGGUGAAAGAUGGGUGAACAUCUCAUCGAGUAAUGUUAGAGACAUUAUGCGAAAGAGAAUUAAGAUGGCUCAUGAUAAGAAAUGUGACGCCAUAGACCCUGACAAUAUUGAUGGAUAUGACAAUAAAAAUGGAUUAGGGUUAACCAAGCAUGACUCGAUUGAUUUCAUCAAAUAUUUGUCCAAAGUCACUCAUUCCUAUAAUAUGUCAAUUGGCUUAAAGAAUUCAGAUUCGAUUAUAAAAAAAGUGAUAAACGAUGUAGACUUCUCCGUUCAAGAACAAUGUGUCCAGUAUGACAAUUGUAAAGAUUACCAGGAAUUUAUUAAAAACGAAAAAUGUGUCUUCCACGUUGAGUAUCCCAAAGGAGAGAAGAAUAAUAACAAAAAUGUUAGCGCUUCCACUGUGAAGCGUAUUUGCAGCAACAAGUCCUCUAAGGGGUUCUCCACGAUCUUAAAAAACCUUGACUUAGAUAAUUGGAUACAGUUUUGCUAA